CACCCUGGCAGCGGCGGAUGCAGAACACAGAAGAGCACUGGGCCGCAUUUCAUUAGAAAAUUAUAAUCGUAAAAAAAAUAUAAUUAUAAUUUUUUGCAAUGUAAAUUGUACACAACUGUAUUUUAAUUUAGGGAAUGCAUCAAUAAUGAAGUCUACAUCCAUACUAAUAGUAUACACUUUUUCAAAUAAAAUACUUGAGCAAUCGGCGAGAAAUUCAUCGCUCAUUUUGUUGAGCAAAUAGUUCUCAUAUCUUUCAUUGUUAAAAAGUUUCUCUUCGUAGUAGCUGUUGAAACGAGCAACAUCAACACUAGAUAAAUCAAUCGACUAAUCAAUUUACAUUGUGUGUCCAUCCCUGCACACCAGCUGCUUUAGUAAAUUUGUAAGGGAACAAACCUCAUAUUUCUUUUAGUCUUUUAUGUUUUUAACUUAUUAGAAUUUUAGGUUUCAUUGUUUUUUUAAGACGCAUAAUCUUUGGGGCUAAAAUUUCUAGGCUAAUUUUAGAAAAGUGAUUUGAAUAUGUUCAACUUGAUAAUUUUUCUAGUUAAACCCAAUCUUAUCAUAGAAUAACACUGGAUUGAAUGUCUAAAAUCAAAAAUUUCAUAAGGACUAUAGUAAUUACGGAUCCAGAGGAGGGCUGGGCCGGGGCCUGGGGUGGCCACCCCCUGCAUCCGCCAGUGCACCCUGGUAUAGGGGCGGUAAGUGGUAACUGGUGAUAAACAAUGAUGAAUGUGGGAAACGAUAGUUCGUAAGAAUGUGGUAAUCUGUUUACGGAAAGAGAAAAGGGAAUCCGCAGUAAUGAACCUCAGUGUCGGGAUAAUACUUGAGGACGACAGAGAGGUUGACAGAAGCUCCGACGCCGACUCGCUCAGCGUACUUCCCGGCCUUGAGAAACCUUGCAAUCCGAUGGGGAACUACAAUUCGACUUUGGAGGAUCUGGAGACAGAUUUGGUCGCCUUAGUCUUUCCGCAGCCUCCCUUGUUUGUUCCAGCAUCAGAACUCAUUUUUCUCGGGCCUGGAAAUUGGUGAAAUCUGGAGAGAAACCCUAACCAUAGAUCGUGAAGAUGGCGAGUGUGAAGAAAACGAGGGAAAUGCUAAUGAAGCCUUCAAAUCUCG